AUUUGACAGUCGGGAUGCCAAAUUUGUGGAGAACAUCAUGUAUGGCAAGUGGGAGAAGCAGCCGGAGGCAAGGGUCACCCAACAGCUGGAAGAGAUCACUAUGCACUUCGAUUUGUCCGAACCUGAGAACAGUGAAGUCACUGCGCCAACGGCAAGCGGUACUGCUGAAGGAAGCAAUGAGGAUAUUGCAGCUGAUGCUGAAGUCAAGGAUCCGGAGCAACAGCAGCAAGAGGCUUCCAAAACACCAAGUCUGCCAAAGCGAAGGAAACAGAUUGGUGGGGGGACAAAGGAUUGGGUGAAGGUGAAAGAAUGGGUAAAUCCAACCAUCUACCCUGCACGUACCAGAAUGGCAAUGAGAAAGCUGCUGAGCUCUACAAAGGAGGUGUACAUGGUUCAACCACCUGGCUAUGAGGAUGGAACCGGUCAUGUCUGCAAACUUAACAAGGCCAUCUAUGGCUUGAAGCAGGCCCCGAGAUGCUGGUACAACAGGCUGGCCAGUACACUGGAAGGGAUUGGAUUCCCGGGAUACUGAACGUGGCUGGCUCAAACUGCAUCAGGGACAGUACAUCAACACCUUGGCUGAGAAGUACUCUCUGCAGGAAGAACGAGAAGUGGUCACACCUUUGCCUUCCGAGUUCAAACUCAUAAAGGCACCUGAAGGAGAAGGAGUUGAGAGUGAAGACCAGAGGCAAUUCCAAUCCAUGGUCGGGAGCCUCCUCUACGCUGCUGUGCAUACUCGGCCUGACAUCAGCUUUGCUGU